GUGUGAAAAUAUCUGCACUCCCUAUAAAUUUCUAACCAUGCCUCACAGAAACUCUCAAUGAAUUAUAUGGCGAUGUCCAACCUUCUCCACCCUCUAAAUCCUACCCUUAAGCCCCCACUUUUCUCACCCUUCCUCAAUUCCUCCUUCGCACAAAUCAACUUCCCGAAAAAACCCAGAAACCUAACCACAAAACCCAGAAGAAUGCACAUCACUGCGCAAUCCAACGGCAGCGACUCAGCCGACCCCCCCGACCGCUUAAUCUCAGCCUUAUGUUACUUCUACCCCUUCUUUGAUGGCAUACAGUACGGCAAAUACGUUAUCACGCAGUUCACUCCCAUUCAGGCUCUUAUCCAACCUUUGGUACCAGCUAUAAGGGUGUUUAAAAGCUUUCCCUUCAAUGGGUUUUUGGUGUUCUUGACCCUUUACUUUGUGGUUGUUAGGAACCCCAACUUUAGUAGGUACGUUAGGUUCAAUACCAUGCAAGUUAUUGUGCUUGAUGUGCUGCUGAUUUUUCCUGAUCUUUUGGAGAGGAGCUUCAAUCCAAGAGAUGGUUUGGGUUUGGACUUGUUGAUGAGCUUUGACAGCGCUGUAUUUUUGUUCCUUCUGGUAUGUUUGAUCUAUGGGUCUUCUUCUUGCUUGCUGGGUCAGGUGCCCAGAUUGCCCAUUGUUGCCGAAGCUGCUGAUAGGCAAGUUCGUUGAAAACCCAUUUGAUUCUCACUGUAGCUUUAGUAGCCAAUUGAAUUUCAUUUUGAAGGGAAGUGUUCUACAAUAUUGCAUCUCAAUGCACUUGGUCAAAAAGGAUGAAACUUGUAUAAUUCCUUGCUGAUAUUCCUGUGUCGCUACAUUUUUUGGUUUUAAUGAAAUUGAGGAAAUUAUUGGUGUUA